AACACCAGUUUGGAAUCAAACUGAUGCUGUUUUAAUACUAAUUGGUGUUGUAUAAACACCUAUAUAUCUGGUGUUAGACCAAAACGAAACUGGUGUUGUUUAACACUUCUCCGGGCUGGUGUUAAAUCAACACCAGAGUUUUUGCAGUGUAUUUACUGGUUUCUUGAUUCCUCCGUACAUCGCAGAGUGAAAAAUCCCAAUUGUAGGGAACAGAGGGUGCUUACCUCGUGACAAGAAGUGUGUGACUUUUGUAAUCAAGACGCGUGGAUCUUAUGAUUAUGGAUUCCUUUGAUGAAAAACAAGAUUUUUAUGAUUUCCUGACGUAGGAAAUCCGUAGAAGUGGAGAUAUGAUAGAGUGGCGUUUGGUGCAUUGUUAGGUACAAUGAGCUUCCGUUAUAUCAUAAACAUGAAAAUCCCUCUUUUAAUCCGGCUAUAGUCUUCCAAGGAAAAAUUAUUUCCAAACUGUUUGGUAAAACGCUUUCAAGAACGAACAGUUACCGAACAGCGGAGUUAUUUCAAGGAUUUGCAUAGAUCAUCCAGCGUAUCAGGAAGAUAUACUGAAAACGAAUAUAUUAUUGUUAAAUGUGCUCAAAUAUUCACGGACUUAGUUUCUUGAUUUUUGUUAAUGGUAUAACGAGGUUUCUUAAGGUUUUAAAUAAUUGAUUACUCGAUAUGUAAGGAAAGAUUAAAUUAAUUAUGUAGACCGAAUGGAUGUGGAUGGUACUCAUACAGAUUAUUUGAGGUUGGCCAAUCUGUUUCGUUUGUCAAGUUUCUGCAUCGAGAAGAUAAGAUGGAUAGUAUGAGCUGAACCCCAUCUUUCUCGAAACUAGGAAUCUGACAUGACUGUGGCUCGUCACAAUCAGAGGGAAGAAUCAAGCCAGUCAAUACGUUAGCAGAAAAUUUACACAUUGGACAGAGAUAGGUGUUUAUCAACAUAGAGAAGCCUCUAUAUCCGAUACGCCUGUUCGGUUCCGGGUUUACAGAAGCGUCUAUGUCAAAUAUCCGACACGUCUGUUCGGUUCCGGAUGUAGAUUGGCAAAUCGUUGGGCUAGUACCUCAGUGACACUCAUCGAGACGAAUGUAAAAAGACACAGAAAACAUACAGUUUUAAAGUGCAGUACUAUAUAAGUAGGGAAAAUGUCUGACGCGUCAGCUGGUCGUGACGGUGAUCUAAGCAGGAGAGCACUGAAUGUCCUCGAGUUCUUUGGCGAACUUGUGAUCCUUCAUCUCCACAUUCUCUUGGUUACCAUAGAGGCCUUCCUAACAUGGAUGAUACCAAGUUUUCUGAGGUCGAAAUCUCUGGAGGGUGAGACGAUGCUCAUUACGGGGGCUGGCAGCGGCAUCGGCAGGCUCUUCGCGCUCAAGUUUUCUGCAUUAGGGGUGCGAGUGGUGUUAUGGGAUAUCAACGCUUCUGCCGUUGAAGAAACGGCGAAGAUCGUACGCGUGAACGGCGGAAAGGCCUGGUGGUAUACUUGUGACGUCACCAAGAUGGAGGAGGUCAACGAGACUGCGCAGAGGGUGAGAGAAGAGGUCGGGGACGUGACCAUGCUGAUUAACAACGCAGGCAUUGUGACCGGGAGGUACUUCCAGGAUUUGAAAGAAGAAGAUUACCAGAGGACAAUGAAUGUUAAUUCAUUGGCCCAUGCUUGGACCCUGAAGGCGUUCCUUCCUCACAUGUUGGAGAGGAAUCACGGUCAUAUCGUCACUGUAGCUAGUAUCAUGGGUGAGCUUGUAAUACCAGGAUUGAGCGAUUACUGUAUGAGUAAAUUCGCUGCUAUCGCACUCCACGAUAGUUUGCUACGCGAGGUCCGGGCUCAGCGGAAAGACGGGAUCCAUUUCACACUGGUCAAUCCUUACAAGAUCGACACGGGAAUGUUUGACGGAGCGAGGAUCAAAAAGUCAGCAGAGAUGUUGUUCCCUACCCUUAAACCUGAGUACGUAGCUGACAAGGUUGUAGAAGCUGUACAAACUAACACAGACGUGGUCAGGACACCUUUCAUCUUCAAUAUCGUUGUCGUUAUCUCAAAAAUACUACCUCUGAAGGCUGUACUUCUCCUUGAAGACUUCGCUGGAAACGAGAAGGCAAUGAAAACCUUUGUUGGACGUAGAGGGCAGAAUGCCGUUGAGCAAGCAGUGACAACGAUUGAGUGAUUCUUCUUCUCCCGUCACAUAUUUAUGACUCGACGAAUCAAGCAGAAAAAAGUCGUAUUGAUUUUUUUUUAAAUUGCUGAUGUUCGAGAGUGAGUUUUAAACUCACUGUAUUUCGAAAUCCAAUUUAACUAAGGCGUUGGUUUUUCAAAUCCGCCAUGCUGUAAUGGUGAUAUUCCCAGAGAGUAACUUGUGCAUAAGUGUUGAAUUAGCCGAUGAUGAAAUUUAACUUGUACUGUUAAGGAUGUGUGUUACCAUUUGAUAUCCAUCGUUAAUCCAGGUUUUAAUCCAUAUUAAAAAAAAAUUAAAUCCCAGUUAAGAUCACGGGCCGCUACACAGAUAGAAGUACAUGGAUUUCAUCUAAACCCAGGUCGGCUGUGAAUUGUUACCAGUAAAGCUCCGGAUUUAAUUUUAUUCCUAAAAAUUCAUAUUUAAAUAUCAAAAGGAUUUGAAUUCCAAAUCUUACAGCUGUAAGUUCAAAACGUUACAGAUUUAAUAGAUAUACGCUUAAAUUGCGGCGCUGUCUUUUGUAUUUUGUUUGUACUUUGUAAUCCGAGUGGUUGGUGUUUAGAGCCUAUGGGUUUUAUAGGUUUUCCUACCUUUUGGAAUUAGAACUUUGUUUCCAAAGAUGAGCAGAUAAUAACGUAUCAAUGUACAAUGAUAUACGCGCAGUUUUGAUUGUAUCCCUAAAUGAUAUUGCAUUUAAUAUUCAAUGUAACGUAUCUAUUCGCCAUCUUUGUAGUUCAAUAUAAACAGAGAUUACUUUUUGUUAAUUUUUUAAAAGUUCUACUUUCAUAGUAAGUUUUCUUUUUCGGCUGAGCUAUAAAAUCACACGUUUUAAAUAUUUGAACAAGAUUAAUAGUCAUGAUAGUGGAGGUUCCGAUUAUACUGACUAAGCAUUUUCACGUGUACGCACUGAGGUUUCCAGCAAAGGGUGUCAACAAACUCAUUUACUAUACCGAAUUUGAAGACCCUAUUUGCUGCAAAUAUAUCUCUCUUCUUCAUGUCAAUGAUUGUUGGAUCAUGUCAAUGUCACAGUCGAAUAUUGUGUGCAUAUUUUUAAAUCUUAAAUUAUUGUAUUUAAUUAAUGUAUAUAGCCCUUUUCGUAAUUAUGUGUAGUUUCCAUUCACAUGACUGGUGAAUUAUUUGUAGAUAUGGAAUUCAAUUAGUAAAUGUACUUAAAUAUUGCUGCAUUAUUAUGUAUGCUGCUAGUUCCAUGUCGCAUUUUCAAUCAAUUUAUUUCAUAAAUAUGCCAUUGUAGCAAAUAA